AUGGCGGAUGUGGAUAUGACCGAUGCUCCCUCUGGAUCUGUCGCUCCUACGAAGAAGAGCGCGGGCAAGGCCAAGGCCGGGGCUGAAGGAGGGGCAGGUGGCAAGAAGCGUUUUGAGGUUAAGAAGUGGUCUGCUGUUGCUCUCUGGGCCUGGGAUAUCGUCGUCGACAACUGUGCCAUCUGCAGAAACCAUAUCAUGGAUCUCUGUAUUGAAUGUCAGGCCAAUCAAGCUUCUGCUACCAGCGAGGAGUGCACGGUCGCCUGGGGUAUCUGCAACCAUGCCUUUCACUUUCACUGUAUUUCCCGUUGGCUGAAGACGCGCCAAGUUUGCCCACUGGACAACCGAGACUGGGAGUUCCAAAAGUACGGUCGUUAA